GGAUACGUUCUCUGCCCUUCCUGCAGCUGCUACCUGUUUCCUCCCUCGCUUCUUCCCUCCUUCUCUUUGAGAUUCUCUGCUUUCUAGAGCUGGUCAACAGAGACUCUUUCAACAAUGGCAGAUGAGACCAGCAAACCUCACACCAGUCGUUGGAGAGGAGACUCAAUCUUUGGGAAAAUAAUUCGCAAGGAAAUCCCAGCCAACAUAAUUUUUGAGGAUGACCAAUGUCUUGCUUUCCACGACAUUUGCCCCCAAGCCCCAACUCAUUUCCUAGUGAUUCCAAAGAAACCCAUUAUCCAGUUAUCUGUAACGGAGGAUGAUGAUGAAAGUCUUCUUGGACACUUGAUAAUUGUUGGCAAGAAAUGUGCCAGUGCUCUGGGCCUGAAGAGGGGAUACCGGAUGGUAAUCAAUGAAGGUGCAGAUGGGGGACAAACAGUCUUUCAUAUCCAUCUCCAUGUACUUGGAGGCCGUCAAAUGAAAUGGCCUCCUGGAUAAAUUGGCAGUAUAAAGAAGAACUUCCCCUUAUCUAGGCAGUAAGCAGGUUCACAACUUACAACAUACUAAAUUCAAUGUACUUAACUGUUUUCUGUGAAAUAGGAAAUUGAGAAAUCUCUUUAUGAUGUACACAAUAAAAACACAGUUGA